AUGGCUGCUCUAACGCCGAGUAACGUCCACAAUUCAUACAGUUAUGCUGAUGACUUGGAUAUUGUCGAUGACCUCGGUUACGAUGAUAUCGACGACGGUUAUAUAGGCAAGUAUACGCAGUACGUGGAGAAAACUCAUCAAAAUCGCGAAGCUCAUUUACGAGAGCUGUUCGUAUCUGAGCAAGCUUAUGUCGAAACUCUACAGGUCAUCAAAAAAUAUUACCUGGAACCUCUGCGGGCAGAGGCUAAGAAUCAAGCGCGCAAGUUUCUUGGCAUGCAAAAGAUCGUAUGCACUGACCAAGAAGUAAAUGCUUUGUUUACAAACCUGGAGUCCGUAUAUGAGGUACAUCGCGAAAUGCUUUCUUUAUUGGAGGAGCGAUUUUCUCGGUUAUGGGGACCAACGCAAAUCACCUGGGAUAUAUUUCAGACUUCGCUCCCAAAACUCACUGUUUACGAUCAAUUUUUACGCGAAUUCCCGAGUGCAUUGAACACCUAUCAGAGAUUGAUAAAAAUACCCGCCUUCAGAAAGUUUAUGGAGUCUUGCCAAAAGGACUCAUCGUGCAAAAAAACUAGCUUUUUGUAUCUCAUGAAGGAGCCUCUACAUCGCAUAUCUGUGUACGCCAGUCUUAUACCACUCAUCAUGACUGGUACCCCAAUUAUGCACCCGGACUACAAUGGAUUACGAGCCGCCACAAAAUGUAUUAAUGCUAUCUCUGGACACCUUGUAGAAAGAAUGGAAGCGGGCGAUAACUUGUGGCAAAUGGCCCAUCUACAAUCAAACGUUCUAAACAUUCCAAACAUCUUUUCACCGACCCGUAAACUCCUGUUAUGCGGUAGCAUGUACCGUGUCAACACACAAACUCAAAGUCUCAACCCUAACGUCGCGUUUGUAUUGGAACCGCGAACGUACCUUCUCUUCAGCGACAUGCUUUUAGUGUGCAAGGCAAAAGGCGAUAGCGGUCAGCUACAUUAUAAAAGCACAGUAGAAAUUCGCGGCAUGGAUGUUCGAAACAAGCAAUACAGAGAAUCCAAUCCAUUCAAUGUAUUGGAGUUAUCUCCCAGUAGUGCUAAUCAAGAUGACUGGAUUGCCUCCAACGCCUUAAUACCUUUGAACGCUCACGAGAUUCGAUGCAAUAACCAGGAGCAACAUAUGGAAUGGUAUCAAAUGCUAAGGAAGGUUUUGUCAGACGUGAACAAGACAGCGACAGCCGUCACCACAAACGGCUCAGAACGUACCAACGACUUUGGGAGAGCAUCUACAAGAAUAUCGCUCAUCUCGACGACGUCAACCUCCACAAGGUCAACUAAGUCAACUGAAGACGGCUUCACCUUUCCUGCCGUAAAAACACCCACUUCACCUUCAGGAUCGUUUGAUUUGCAAAGCAAACCAAAACGGAAUAAGGAUAUCGUUGUUCUUCCAGGGGCUCUCAAACAAGCGCCAAAUCUCGUUGGCGGUAUAUAUGGCGGAGGAUUCGGGUUAGGGCGAUACUGA